CUCUGAUUGCAGCGACUCCUGGCUGACCGUUCCGUCUGGAAUGUCGAGGCUGGCAGAGUCCUCAAAGAGCCUCCAAGUCGCGAAAACUGUGUCACAAAGACAACCAAGACCACAAGCAAGGUUUCGAAGAGAAAACACACUUCGACCAGCACGUUCACAAGUGCCCCCCGCACCAAAUUCGCGCUCAAGGCAGACGUUGACCACCCUUGGUUAAAGACCAAGCAUAACUUCUUCAUGGUUGACAAGUAUAGCAACCUCAACUCGACUCAGAGCCAGGAGGCGAACAACAUGCUUGCCGCCUUGCGCUACACUCCCGCAAAGGUGACCUCCACCCAGAUGGAAACUUUUGCUGCCACAAUGGCUGUUGCGUAUCCCCAGAACCCCCUGGACGUCAACAUCCUCGCAUCUUACCAGAGGGCAAAAUCAGCCGGAGAUCUCGUGCUGCUCGCAUCCUUCCUGCCUUUUCAACAACGGUGGGAACAGGUGAGCAACGACCAGCCGGCCAAAGUUCAACACGAUGGCCUGGGUCCCGUCAGGAGCAACGUCCCUACACUCUCGUUGAUUAGUCUGCCGCCAACACAGACCAAAGGAAAAUUGCAAACACCGGGUGUCUGACAGGCGGAUGGUCUAUACAUGGUUGACAGUAUACGUAAUAUAAACAUGCUGCUAGUUAGCUUACCAGAACCAGACUUCUUAC